UGCGCGUGCGCAGUACGUUCCAGGGUUGUUAUGGUUCCUCACAUGUGUUGAAUGUAUACCCAAAGGUUUAUUUAGUCGCUCCACUCCUCGCUUAACGUAAAUUAUCCGUUUUUUUUUAAAUUUCAUUUUGUUUAUAAUAUAGUUACUGCUGCUGCGACGAAGUGACAAGCGUGUCAUACGAAGGCUGGAGUCGGGGAAGAAGUUCGCGUUAGCUUUAGCAUAGCAUCAUGGCUUCUGUGGUGAAAUUGAUUGCCGGCAGCUACGAGCAAAUAGCUUUUGGCUACAAUGUUCAAACCAACGAGAAUGUGUGGACCGUCAAGGCCGACUUCACACACCACGCACACGCCGCGUCCCUUUCGGUGGUGGCGGCCAGCGAGAAGUUUGCUGUCACCGGCAGCAAAGAUGAGACCAUACAGGUGUACGACAUGAAGAAGAAACUGGAACACGGCGUUUUGCAGCAUCACAACGGCUCCAUCACCUGUCUUGAGUUCUAUGCGUCAUAUUUAAUAAGCGGAGGAGAGGAUGGACUGAUGUGUGUCUGGAGCAUAAAGAAGUGGGAGUGCCUCAAGUCCAUCAAAGCCCACAAAGGCCAAGUCACGUCGCUAUCUGUGCAUCCGUCUGGGAAACUUGCCCUGUCAGUAGGCACGGAUAAGACCCUCAGAACGUGGAAUCUAAUGACCGGAAGAUCUGCCUUCAUUAAGAACAUAAAACAGAACGCACACAUCGUGCGGUGGUCUCCAGACGGGAGCAAAUACGUGGUGGUCAUCAACAACCAGCUGGACCUUUAUGACCUGGAGACAGCUUUGGUGACCAAGACGCUGACGAACCCCAAGAGGAUUUCAUCUGUCAAGUUCUUAAACAAUACAAUUCUGGUGGUUGCGGGCGAUAAUGAAAUAGUGAGACUGUGUGAUGUUGACAAGCAGGAAUGGAUGUGUGAGUUCAAGGCUCAUGAAACCAGGGUGAAAGCAGUGGAGAGCUUCAAAAUGGACGACCACUGCGUGAUUGUCACGGCUUCCAACGACGGAUUCAUCAAAAUGUGGAAGCUGCGCCUGAACGAGGAGCUCAAAUGUCCCACCCUCUUGGGGGAAGUGAACACCACAGCCAGGCUGACUUGUUUGGCAGUGUGGAAGCCUCAAUCAGUGAAGCCAAUCAAAGAAGAGGAAACCACUGAGGCACCAACAUCAUCAAAAGAAGACGUUCAGAAGCUCCUAAAGACCAAGAAAGUCCGUAUUGCCCCAGAGGAAGUCGUUCUGGAAGACGAAAGCAGGCCUAAAAAUAAAAAGAGAAAGGUCGGUGGAACAUUGCAAGAAGCAAAAUAAAAAGUUUUAUUAAAAGAAAAAAAAAUCUAUGGGAUGAUUUAUGCACAAAAUUAGAUAAACUGACCUAAAAGCGUCCAAUAAAAGAUUAAUUGCAGAAGAAUGAAAAUGUGUCCAAACAUGUACAUCUACCCCUGUGCUGGAAUUUCCAUGACAAAUACACCACAGGGUGGCGCUCUUAUUAAAAGUUGGACGGACUUGAAGUUUCUCACAUGGGCACCUGCGGUAACUUAGGUCGCUCUUUUUGCUACACAACUUUAGACUGUUUGCAGUUUUAGCAAGGUUGGUUUAAAAAAACAUAUUUUGAUACAUUUAUAAAUGGUUGAUUUCUACAGGCUAGUAAGUUAAAGUGUUGUACCUGACAACUUUGGACUACCUUGCUUCUGCAGCCUUCAUCAGAGGUGUCAUGUGACGUUAGCGUGACGUUUUCUGUGACCUGUUGUAUGGAUUGUACCAUCCCACCUGAAGUGGUGGGACGGCGGCGUCCCCUGGUGUGCGUCGGGGCGCCCCCUGUCGUCUGGAUGUCUACCAAACGGCCGCGAGCAUAAGUAUGCUCCUUCAUCCCUGUUGACAGUCUUUGGGGCCCGCUUCCUGAUUUCAACCGCCUCUUUGAUCCACCGAUGGAAUUUGUUGCUUUCCAUUCUAAUGACCUUGGCUGCCUCCCAGUUCAUUAGAUGGUUUUCCCUCUUGCACUGAUCUGAAAUGGUUGAUUUCAGAUUUUCCUGCGUUGCUUUCAUUCUCGUAGCACGGGUGAGCGUUCCAGAUGUUUCCUUUUCACAUUCUUUCUGGCGUUCCUUUUUUCGUGUGCUGAACUGUCGACCUGUCUCUCCUAUGUAUAUUUUAUUGCAUGUUAGGCAAGGAUCUCAUAUAUCAAGAAGCAAGGUAGCCCAAACUUGUCAGGUACAGCACUUGACCAUACUAGCCUAUAUAAAUCAACCAUUUAUAAAUACACGUCACUAGGCUAAAUGUACCGCUUUAACAUAUAUUUUGAUACAUUUUGUGUAUUAAAGAUUUGUCUUAUAGAUAACAGAGCAACUUUGUGCAAAAUCUAAUAAUCAUUGUAUUUAACUUGUAAUCCUGGAUAUGAUCUAGCAGUUUUGUGUUUCCCUUUUUAUAUUUCACCUUAAAAACUGUUCACCUUACCUUGAUGGAUUUUUUUCGUGUGGUACAUUCUGACCUGUGUGAUUGUACAUUAUUUGUCUUGUUUUGAUAAUAAAUGUUUUUAUCCACCCCAGCUGAAUCUAACAUAGUUGAAGGGGAACGUUAAAGCCA